CAACAGAUCACGGCUCGCCUCCGCUCCAAGUUACUGACAACAUAUUGCAGGUCUCGGCUGGCUGUAAUAUUAGUAGGAGGACGUUGGAUGUACAAACAUGGAUAUAUCUGCCAGCACAUGCUGUGUUCAGUUUUUUAGCGAAGACUAGAGCGUAGAUACACUGAACUUCCCUGCUUGAACAGAAACGUCUGAUGUCCAUUCGGCUGUGGGCAGCAACGUCAACAUUCUCCCACGUGUGCUGCUGUUGCUGACUUCCUAACGAGCGCGAUGGAAGUGGAGCUGGUGGUUCAUAAAAAGAAGAAGAAAAAGAACAAGAAACGUCUCACAGCGGAGUUACCAGAAGCUAACUAUGGAGGAGCACAUCAGACACGCGAUGAAGAACGCCUUCACAAGAAGCAGAAACAGAAAAAGAGGAAAACCAAAGAUGGUGGGAGUUGCGAUGUCAGUGCAGCCGAGCCGCUUCAGGCUGAUGGGGCUGAAAGAAAGAUGAAGAAGAAAAGGAAACAUGAACGGGAGAGUCUUAUUGUAAACCCCGUGGUGAUGGAGGACAGCAGUUGUCAAGAGAUGGAGGAGAUGAAAAAGAGGAAGAAAAGAAGAAUUGGGGAGACUGAACAUCCAGAAGAGGGUGCAGAGGUGACUGUCACACCCCUGCAGACAAGCGGUGAAGCAGCAGCAGGUCAGAAACCUGCGAAGAGCAAGUCUGAAAAGCCCAGGAAGAGAACAGAGAUGUUACCUGCUACAGGCACACAGCCACACACAGGCAAAGCAAGAAAAGUAAGAACCUAUAGACUGAACAAGGAAGCCAUCCUGCAGGAGAUCAAGGAGUACAUACCUAACAUCCGGGUCACCAAUGCAGAAAGUAUAUAUCAGUUCAAAAAGCAUGACCUUCCUCGUUUUAGAGAGUUUAAGAAGCAAGGUAUCCCUAUUCGAUUGGGGAAGUAUACUGUGGCCGAGAUCAAGCGCCUGAGACAGAAUGUGAAGGACUUCCUGGCUCUAUCGGGUAUAGAGAGUGAGACUAAGCUCUUCAUGCCUCAUCGCUUCCCAGAAGAACAGGACAUUCGCUGGCGGAGGAGGAAGUUGGGGUUCAUCAAGUGUUUGUGUGAAGGAAUACCACGUCCCUCCAGGAGUAUACGGUUUCGAGCCAGGGAUAUAUUCAACCUAGAGAAUUUCUUGGGAGGAAAGUUUACAGACGCAGAGACCAAGGACUUACUGAACCUGCACAAACUGCAUGGACGUAAAUGGAGGCUCAUCUCAGAGAAGAUGGGCCGCAGUCCAGCAGCCGUGGAGAAACGCUAUAAAACCAUUUGUGAGGGUCGAGGACCAUGGACGGAGGAGGAGUUUAGGACCCUGGUGUCGUGUGUACGACAGCAUCUGCUGAAGCGGGCAACACCUGGUGAGGAUGGCGACAUCGGCUCCGCGGUCAUCAAAAAAGUGGAUUUGUACAAGCGACUUCCCUGGAUGGCUGUGAGCAAGCAGGUUCAGACUCGUAGUUGGCUCUACUGCAGGUUGAAGUGGAUGCAAUACCUGACAUGUAAAAUGAGAACCGGCAGCGUCAUCAAAGGCAGGAAGACACUUGAGAGUCAAAUUCAGCUGAUCAAAGCGAUCAAUGAAAUGGUUGUGGAAGACGCAGCAGACAUUGUGUGGGAUGACCUCACUCAUCUGUUUGGGAACGCACACCCGGCCUAUUUACAGAUGAGGUUCCACCAGCUGAAAGUAGCCCAUGUACCAGGAUGGAACACCAUGGAGGACUUCUGUGAUGUCAUCGACCACCUGUACGAGAAGACGCUUCCUCAACUGGAGGAGGAGCUUAAGAAAUGCAGAGAGGAGGAGGAGGAGCCAACUGAGAGAGACUCCUUUAGGCUGUCUGAGAUCUUCCCUGACCUCUGAUAGGCUGAGGAGGAGGAGGGGUCAACUGAGGAGAGAGACUCCUAUAGGCUGUCUGAGAUCUUCCCUGACCUCUGAUAGGCUGAGGAGGAGGAGGGGUCAACUGAGGAGAGAGACUCCUAUAGACCGUCUGAUAUCUUCCCUGACCUCUGAUAGACUGUCUCAGGCAGAGGAGGAAGGU